UUGACUAUAUAAACAACUGACAUUCAAAUUUCUUGCUUUAGUUCCCCUUUGGAUAUAUGUAAUCAAUAAACAAAAGCAUUGACAACAACCGUUUACAACAAAAACAAAUAAAAAAAACACUUUUGCAUGCGAGGCGGUAGUUAUUUUUCUUUGCUGUGUUAUUUAAUUUUUAAAACAAAAAUAAACAACAACAACAAACCAUAAAUCAUUGCCAAUUAAAUUAUAUAUUUAUUUUGGUAUUUAAAAACGGCCUGUUUUUAAGAAGAACAACAAAACAAUCAUUAAUCUAAAUUCCAGAUUUUGAGAUGAGCGGACGAGAUAAUCGGGGCAGUGGGCAUCAGCCCCUGGGCAAUGCUAUGGGUAAAUUAAAGGAUCGGUUGUCAAGGCAGGAGGAACAACCAUAUCAAAGGGUGGACUUGGAUGAGGGUACUUUAUCGACCUCGAAUACUGCCACCAGUCUUGAUACCAUAUUGCCUGAAGAUCCCUUCCUGUUUCCAGCACAGAAUAGGCCACCAACAACACAGUUGUCGCCACAGCAGCGUCAGCAACGUUUCGAAGCUGAAUAUCCUUUGCAGUUUGGCCCCAUCAUCGAGGCCGAUGACAUAAACGAACCUCCUUUGCCAGUGAGUCAAAAGGCGAAAAACACACAAGAACCUUUGCCCUUGCCCCUACCACCACCUCCCGCCCAUCAUUCACACAGGGAUCAGCACACCCGCAGUGUAGUCUCAACCGAGGAUCUACAGCGCAGCAGACAAUCGCUGAAGGGUUCACGAGUAUCCUUUGAGAAACGUGCAGGAGCCAACAACGAAAGCAGUGACGAGGAUAACUUUGAAGAACGGCGCACAGGUUUCCAAAAACAAAAAGCCCUAAGCAGUGCAGAUCACAAGGGCAUACUUAAGGAUUUGAAAACUAUUUUAGCCAAUGAUAAUAGGCGUCAGUUUCAAUCGAAAAAACAUGUUUCAUUGGACCUCAAAGGUACCCGCCAUCUAAAAGAUCUGCUCAAGGAUUCAUCAUCAGAGGAGGAGUUUCGCAAAAACCGCCGAGAUUUUCAGGGACGCAAACACCAGAGUUUGGAUCCUCGUGUGAGUUUCAAAUUGGAAAAAGUCUUGCAAGGCUCCAGCACCGAUACUGACGAGGAGAACGAUGAUGUGGAGCAGAAACAUCUAAUAUACCGUCCCAAAGAUAUCACCAAGCCAUUGGUAAUCGAUCUUAAAGAUUUGGAGAGUGAAAGUGAAGAAGAUUACGAUUUGUCCAGGCAACAUUUCCAACAGCAGCGUUCCAUUAGCACAGACUCUAGGAAAAGCAUUCGGUUUUACGAAAUGGAUGAAAUCGGACGCAAAAAAGGUGACAAUUUGCGUCAAUCCGUACCUUUUAUUAGACAAAUCACCGAAGAUGGCAAGCCCAAAUUGGAGGUGUAUCGACCAACAACCAAUCCCAUAUUUAUUUGGACUCAGGUUUUGGCAGCCUUCAGUGUUUCACUUGGUUCCUUGGUAGUGGGCUUCUCAUCAGCCUACACAUCGCCCGCCUUGGUGUCUAUGACAGAUCGCAAUAUUACCUCAUUCGAAGUUACACCACAAACGGCAUCUUGGGUUGGUGGUCUCAUGCCCCUGGCUGGUUUAGCUGGUGGCAUAUGUGGUGGACCCUUAAUUGAAUAUUUGGGACGUCGCAACACCAUUCUGGCGAUAGCAGUACCCUUUAUAGUAUCAUGGUUGCUAAUUGCCUGCGCCAUAAAUGUGGCCAUGGUAUUGGCUGGACGUGCUUUGGCUGGUUUCUGUGUGGGUAUAGCAUCUCUAUCGUUACCUGUUUACUUGGGUGAAACUAUACAGCCGGAAGUUCGAGGUACUCUGGGUCUUUUACCCACAGCCUUUGGUAACAUAGGCAUUCUGAUAUGUUUUGUUGCGGGCACCUACAUGGAUUGGUCAAUGUUAGCCUUCUUGGGUGGAGCUUUGCCGGUGCCAUUUUUGAUAUUAAUGUUCCUUAUACCCGAAACACCACGUUGGUAUGUCUCACGCAAUAGGGAGGAGAGAGCUCGCAAAGCUUUAGUAUGGUUGCGAGGCAAGCAGGCUGAUGUGGAACCAGAACUUAAGGGUUUAAUGCGUUCUCAGGCCGAUGAUGAUCGCCAGGCUAAAAACAAUCAAUUGAUGGAAUUAUUGAAGCGCAACAACUUGAAGCCACUGUCCAUAUCUCUGGGUCUGAUGUUCUUUCAACAAUUCAGUGGUAUCAAUGCUGUUAUCUUCUAUACUGUGCAAAUUUUCAAAGAUGCCGGUUCAACGAUUGAUGGAAACAUUUGCACCAUUAUUGUGGGCAUUGUGAAUUUUGCAGCCACCUUUAUUGGCAUAGUUUUGAUUGAUCGUCUGGGCAGAAAAAUACUUUUGUAUAUCUCGGCAACUGCUAUGAUCAUCACCCUCUUUGUUUUGGGAGGAUUUUUCUAUUGCAAAGCUAGUGACAUGGAUGUCUCCAAUGUGGGCUGGCUGCCUUUGGCCAGUUUUGUGGUCUACGUAUUGGGCUUCUCCUUGGGUUUCGGUCCCAUACCUUGGCUAAUGAUGGGCGAAAUUUUGCCUGCCAAAAUUCGUGGCUCUGCAGCUUCUGUGGCGACAGCAUUUAAUUGGACAUGUACAUUUAUUGUAACCAAAACCUUCCCCGAUAUGAUUGAAUCCAUUGGAGGUCAUGGUGCAUUCUGGCUGUUUGGCGUUGUAUGUGUGAUCGCCAUGUUCUUUGUGAUUUUCUAUGUGCCUGAAACCCAGGGCAAGACACUGGAAGAUAUUGAGCGGAAAAUGAUGGGUCGGGUGCGGCGUAUGUCCUCAGUGGCCAACAUAAAACCUUUGUCAUUCAAUAUGUGAGCAAAUGUGAUGCCUAACCAAGCGAGAAAACAAGUGCAAACAAAAACAGAAUUACAACAUUUUCUCUUUUGCAAAUCCUCAUUAUGUAUAGUAGAAUAAGCGUCAUUAUCCGAGCAGCCACCUCCUCGUCGUUGUCGUACCACACUCAUCAUUGUUUCCCCCCCAAAACCACACUCACAUUAUAAUCCCUUCAAAUAGCAAAAAAUAUUAGAAAGAUGAAAAAACCAAAUAUUAGUUGUAAGUAGCAAGUAGUGAGAAUCCAUUGCCCCAUUAAGGCAAUUAGUUUUGAAAAUAAUUGCAAAACACAUAUCGUCGUAUUAGGAAAAAAGCUAAGCUUUUAUCGCCAUGGUAAAUAUAUGAAAUGUCAUUAUUUUGGAUACUGUGUUAUGAAUGUAACUUUAAUUACUUUAAUUGUAACUAAUAAUAAUCAUAAUAAUUUAUACACGAAACAAUUAAACCCAUGAUAGAUAAAUGCAAGUGCAAGUAGUUCGGACACACUAUGUAUCGAAAUUAUCAUUGGAUUAUGAGAAUUGAAAAGUUUUCAGAGUAGCAUGUAACUGUAGUGAUUUUAUUUUUAGUCUGUUUUAAUGUGUUUUUUUUACAAUACUAAAACAAUAGUUCUUAUUCGCUUAUAGUAAUUUGUAUUGUUUUUAUGAAUUAAGUUUAAGGCAAAUCAUAAAAUGUUGUAAUGUGCUAAAGAAAAAAAAAAAUUAAGCCAUACUACUACUAAAUGUAAAAAUUCUUAUUUGAAUGUUUAAAAUAAAAAUAAAAAACAAUA